CACAGCAGACAACGUACCCACACUAUUUUGGGGUAGAUUGAGCGAUCGUGUUGAACUGUCCCGUGGUCAAUCCGGUGUGAAAUGUCUGCUUCAAAUUGACCAUGAAUUGGCCUGAGGCCAGUAUAUUUUUUAUUAUUGGGUUACAAACAUAGCCUAGUGUGAAAAUUUUUCCAAUAUCAGAGGACAGUGGAGGACAGAAAAUAUUUUUUAAAAAGAGUAAAACUCUACGGUAAAGUUCCAUUUUUUUCCCUACAGUUAACUUACAUGACUUAACCUAGGGUUGAAGGAGAAAAAAUGAAUUUAGUCCAUUAUGUUUUUAACAGUAAAAGUCCAUUGGACAUGUUGGGAAUAAACCUAAUUCAUUUUUCCUUUUUUUUUAAUGUAAAUUUUCAGAAUUGGCACAUUUGUAAUUUAAUAAAAAUGGUGGCCUUUCUUUCCUUCCGUCUGUCAAAACAAUCUUUCACAACCGUAGAUUGUGGGGAACAAAGGCAGUUGGCUGACGGCAAUGUGAAAACUCACAAAUCAUACAGUAAGAUCGACAGAUCGCCCAAAGAUCAAGCUAUCACACAGAUCGACUACAUGUAACUGCACCCAACAAUAAUUUGUGGAAGCAAGGCCUGGGAAAAAUACUUGGGAAUUUCAGUUUGAGUUUUAGCUUGGAACUUCAUUUGUAAAUGACAGAACUCCACUUCCCUGUCCUAGUAAUAUAGAAGCGGUGUACUGUAGGAAACAUUGACCUCCAUGGAAACAUGAGAUUAAUGACAUUUAAAACCCAAGUGUGUCUGAAAGUUGAAACUGGAAAUCAACAUGAUUCAGUCAUGUUAGUAUGUCUCAGAAGGGCAUGUCAAACUUGACGUUUAAAAAGACAUUAUUCUUCAGCCUGGCCUACAUCAUGUAGGUUUUUUCCAGAGGCGACAGUUGUGCCCAGGAUGUGGAAUAGUGCAGAAGACCCGUCUUGGCUUCAAAUAUGGGAGCUUGGUGGUCAUGUGAUUUACUGGUGAGCCAUUACGUGUGGAGCAUGAUGUGACACCUGUUGCUGCAAACUGCCGAGAAGAUUUAAUUCCCUCAAGUUCAAAUCGCGCCGAUUCCAUUGAUGAACAAUGCGCAUGUACUGUUGGGGCGCCACGUGCCACGGACAACUGGGUCUAGACAAAGGACCGACAGAUGACGCGGAGACUGACGGGCCCAACGACCAGUCUUUCGAUCUGAUAUCCACGCCGCGGGAAGUGCGCUUCUUCCGACGGAGGCACGUGAGUGAGGUGGCGUGCGGAUUGCAGCACUCCGUGUUUUUGCUUAGAGAUGGAACGGUGUACACCUGCGGGUCCAACGACAAAGGCCAGUUAGGCCAUGAUAUGCCCGGUAGAACUCCAGGGCAAGUUACGGCACUGGAGACAUACGUGAUCAGGCGUGUCGCGUGUGGGGACGCGUUCACUGUCGUGACGGCCGAGAAUGGCACCGUUCUGAGUUGGGGGGAUGACAGCUGUGGACAGUGCGGGCUGGGCACGGAGGGAAGAGAAUGCAAGAGACGUCCUAGAUUACUGAAACAACUAUCCGUGCACCAUGUCGUUCAAGUUGCUUGCGGAGGAGCGCACUCUAUCGCCCUCACAAGAGGGGGCAAGCUCUUUGUGUGGGGAGACAACACCUACGGCCAACUAGGCCUCGGCCACAUUCUGCAAAAAUGCUUAGAAAGGCCCAACGAGAUCACGUCCCUGCACGGUCUGCCGGUCAUGCGGGUGGCAUGCGGCGGGGCACACUCAUUUGUGGUCUCGGUCUCGGGAACGAUAUUCGGCUGGGGUCGCAACCACUGCGGACAGCUGGGCAUCAACGAUACAGAAGAUCGGUCGCAACCCACUCUCCUAAGAAGUCUUCGCUCACAAAAGGUCCGGUACAUUGCAUGUGGGAUGAAUCACACAGCCGUCCUGACUGCGGAUGGCGGGGUGUUUACGUUUGGCUCAGCCGCAGACAGGCAGCUGGGCCACAGCUCAGUCAGCAACGAGAUCAACCCCCGCAAAGUGUUUGAGCUCAUGGGCAGCGAGGUCACGCAGAUUGCCUGUGGGAGUUGUCACACCCUGGCAUUCAUCCGUACAAGCGGACGCGUGUUUUCGUUUGGCCUGUUAACGCACGAGCCCCCAACUGGUCGGCCUGUCUACCGACGGAGCCUAAGCGCUCCGAUCAAAGUCAAUGGCCCGUGGGCCGAGGGAGAGUCCAUCCGAGAUACUAUCGGCGACAAAGUGCCCAAGCGUCACGAGAAGGCAGAAGAAUCCUCGGGCGAGCCAGCGGGGGAAGAAUUCAAGAAAGUGCAAUCUGAAAACGAUGUCGCAGAACUGGACAAAAGCAUUUUUGACAUGAACAGCGACAUGCUGGCACCCGAAACAACAUACAGGGACGAGGAUAGCGCAGAAGACAUGGAGACAGACAGUUUCACAAACUAUGAGGUAGACACAAACUUUCACAGGUUACGACGGGGACUGUCAAAAAGAACACCGGUAGGAACCAAAGAUGAGACGGAAAGAAUGCGGGUGAGAGCCAUCUUCAGCGGAGGCAAUCACUGCUUUCUACUGGCAACCUGUGCAAAGGACUCCAGUGAGGUUGUGGACCACCGGGAGAUCUCCGUCGAUGACCACAUAGCGACUGUUGAUGCGAUCCUCAUAGACACCCUGGAGGCAGCCCCACCCGACGAGGGUUUGUCGGAGGCUGUCAUGAGCUCCGUUGAAGAAAUUUUCUCCUCUGCUGCUUGCCUCAACGCCUCCUUUCUCAAAGGGGAUGGUGCGCAUUUUGGCAGUAGUCGGCAGAACCACGGCGUGGACCUAGACGCUGCCAGGGAGCAGUUCAGUCGACUUGCAGGCAAAGAGGCUGUUUUGAGAUACAUGGCGGAAAUCCUCGGUGUCUAUCUCAUCCCAAGCUUACCCCCAUCCCCACCAGACAUCGAAGCUCUCAGGCUCUACCUGCUGCUAAUGGAAUCGCCCGUUUUCACCGACCCUUCCCCGGAGCGCUACGGGACUGUCGUUGUGCAGUUUGGAGAGGCGCUGUGCAACAUUACCAGUGCAGGGUCGAAGGUCAUUUCCCAGUGGUGGUCCACGUUACAGCCACGCCACCUCAACCGCAUCCUCACCACCUACAAGCAGUGCAUGAUGGGACAGCUCAGCCGGAAACGUAGUGCCGCCGACCGCCCCAUGCUCCGCCGGAACAUCAAGAUCUGUCUGGAGGUGCUGAGCAAGCUGUGCAAGAUGAAUAACGAGAACAACGAAAUUCUUCCAUAUUACCUCUUCUACAUCAAAGAACUCACCGACAACGUUGGCAUUCGAGACCAUUUCCUGGAGUGGUUGCAAAGACGAAGUGGACUCGAGUGUGCCGAUGUUAACUUUUGCGAUUACCCAUUUGUCCUGGACGCUAACGCCAAGACGCAGCUGCUUAAAGAAGAUGCAAUGCUGCAGAUGCAGAAUGCCAUAGAAGAUGUGCAGAGACGCAACCUGCAGCGGAUAUUGUUCUUUGACAUCAUUAACCCUUAUCUGGUGCUGACGAUCAACCGGAACAACAUUGUCCAGAGCACGCUGACAGAGCUGUCCCGACACGGCAGCAUGGACGUCAAGAAACCGCUGAAAGUGGUCUUCGUUGGGGAGGAGGGAGUUGACGCCGGAGGGGUGCAAAAGGAGUUCUUCAUGUUGGUGCUACGAGAGAUCCUCUCAGCCAAGUUUGGGAUGUUCCGUCACUACCCAGGGACCGAGACCAUUUGGUUCAACUCCAAAUCCUUUGAAGACAGCGAGAUGUUCCGUCUGGUCGGAAUCAUCGUCGGCCUGGCCAUCUACAAUCUGACCAUCAUCUCGUUGCCUUUCCCACUGGCCCUCUACAAGAAGCUCCUCAACAGACCAGCCAAGUCCUUAGAAGAUUUCAAGCAGCUGGACCCAGAGUUUGCCUCCAACCUCCAGCAUCUGCUGGACAUAGAGGAGCCCCAGGACGUCCUGGAACUCUACCUGACGUUUGCGGUCACAGUGGAGAGCUUCGGGGAGGUGGAGACGGUGGAGUUGAAACCGGGCGGGGCUGAUUUGAGCGUCACCAUGGAGAACAGGCAAGAUUACGUGGACAGCUAUGUGGACUUUGUCCUGAACACUUCCGUGGAGCAACAGUACAGGUUCUUCAGUGAGGGGUUCUUGCACGUCAUCGGUGGGCGCGUCUUCAACCUGUUCCACCCCCAGGAGCUGAUGGAUAUGGUCAUCGGGGACGAGCAUUAUGACUGGGACGAGUUUGAGAAGAAUGUCAGUUACAAAGGCGAGUACUACAGACAGCAUCCGACGAUGAGGAUGUUCUGGGAUGUCUUCCGGGAGAUGAGCCUCCAACAGAAGAAGAAAUUCCUUGUGUUUCUGACGGGGACUGAUCGCGUCCCCAUCCAGGGCAUGAAGACGCUCCACAUCAUCAUCCAGCCGGUCAAGGGAGGCGAAGACUUCUUCCCCGUGGCCCACACCUGCUUCAACCUCCUGGACUUGCCGGUUUACACGGACAAGGCCAGGCUGCGAGACAAACUUCUGAUGGCUAUUGAGAAUACAGAGGGAUUCACGCUGGUUUGAAAGGGGCCCGUCUACUAGUGUGUCCUGUGGCUGGUGCUUCAAGAUGGCCGCCAAGAAAUGUGGCUGCCAAAAGUGGCCAGCAAAAUAUGGCCACCAAAAGUGGCCAUCAAAUAUGACCACCAAAAAGUUCUUGAAAUCAAAAUCAAUGCUCACUUACACAUGCUGCUUCAAUAAGACAUAGAGGUUGAUGUGAUAAAAGUGGCUUAAGAUGUGGCUACUAAAUUGUAAGAUGUUCGCGUUAUAAAUGGAAACUUUAUAUUGGUAUUUAAUGCUCUUAAUGUGUAGUUUGACUCCAAAGUGGCCGCCAGACCCUCACAAUAAUAAAAAGGAUGUCAAAUUAACUUGCUCUCAAUUUGGAAGUAUGUUUGACUGGUUAAGAAACCAAAUCGCCCUGUUUGUUUGACCAAGGAAACGUGCGUCUAAAGACUUUCGUAGUUUAUAUUACCAGCAUUUUGUUGGUCACAAUUUCACCACAAGUCCUUUUAUAUUAUAUCAUGCUUGGGCAAACAAGCCAUAUUGAUAUAGUGUCAUGGUUUACGCUUGUAAGGUGGUCACUACAGGCCAUCUUCUCCAAUUUGAUCCUCCAAAUGCAUGGCAGCUGAGUGGUCAAAGCCAUCCACGCCAUGAUUGGGCGACAACUUGGCCUGACAUCUUCUCUUGAAUGCCAAAAGUGGCCCUUAUAAAAGUGGCAGCCAAAAGUAGGCUAGUGUUUCAAUUUUAGUAUCUGUCAAAUUCAGACGGUCAGUACAACAAAAAAACCACUUUUUGGGGGAGGGACCACCUCUGCUUUUGAUGGCCUCAGCAACGGCCACAUGGGAGAUUAGAACCUAGUUCUGGACUCCUCCCAACUUCAGAGGGAAACUUUGAUAUAAAAGUAAUUUUACAAAUUGAUACCAACUGCACGAUCAGUAAGAAAUACGUACAGCUGUGGGCAAAUGACCAACGGAGGAAUACACGAUUUCAGCAAUAGUUCCUCUGCUAGAGUCAUUUUACAGGGGCUGUUUAAAGGCUUUGCUUGGCAGCCGUCUUGCAGGGUAGUUCAUUUGUUCCACAGGGAACCUCCUUGGUGCAUACGCUGUGGAACAACAGCACUAGGUCUGCAAGAUGGCAGCCGUGCAAAUCCCCAAUUGUGUGUGUACACUGGUAAAAGAUCUUGAUAAGUUGUUGAGCCAUACAUUAGACUUCAACUUGCACAAAUCAGAAUUGUGAUUAGAUAUUACACAGUAAUAGGGUUAUAAGCAUGAAGGUUUUUGUUUAUGUCUGUUUGGUUUCUGUAUGAUUGUAUUAUUUGAAAAUGAUGGAACCCAUCCAAAGGAGCAAAACACUUGAUGAAUGGAAAAGAGGAAUCUCUCUGGGAGUCGAUGUAAAGUACAUGUCAGAUUUAUGUUGAAGAACUGCCACCGGUAUGCAAACAAAAUUAUAACAUUUCACAGCUCGCCAGAGGUCGUCUUGUAAAUGCAUAUCAGUGUCUUUGAAAAUGGAACUUUUUUGGUAAAUUGUACAAGAAUCUCAGUUGUUUUUUUUAAUCUGCUGCGUUUAGAGGGGGAAAAGCAAUGAAGCAUAUUUCACAUUUGCUACAGAAAGGAAGAAGGUUUGUACUGUAUUUGAAAGGUAGGAAACAUGUUUUCCUUAAUUGAAUGGAAUUUGAAUUAACUUGAGCGACCCAUUGAGAAUUUGACUGUCCUAGAUGAAACUAAGAUCAAAUGUAGUGAGUGGAACAAAUUUUCACUGGUAAUCUUUUAUCGCAAGAAAAAUUUGGACCGAGUUGUGGUGAGUGUGGACACCAUGUUUGGCCUUGCAGUAAUCUAGUCACUGGUGCCCACAACUCUGAAACAAUAUCAGUUGUUGUCUCAAGGGUUCUGGCACAUUGGGCAUGAAUACAUGCAUGCAUUUCAAUAUAGGUGAUUCACAAUAGUGCAACUCCAUGAGUUUGCUGUGCGUUGACCAAUCA